AAUCAAACGUCUUUCCUUGGCUUUGUCACCCUUGGAGGUAAGGGUUUUUCUUGCAAUCUAUUAGUUACUUUCUGUUAGUACAUUCCUUAUGUUUUAAUAUGGUUUCAUGUGUGUAUAUGUAUAUAUGAAGGUUAGAUUCCCUACUGGUCGUAUCUUUUAUUAGUUGGUAUAUUUGGAGCUUUCUACACAUAAAGCCCAAUGGUGGAAUCUACUUCUGCUCAUGCUAGAUAGUUCUCCUAAAUUACAAGUCCUUAAACUCAUUAAUGUAAGCAUUUCAAGUUCAUUCAUUAGAUGUUUUUGCAAUAUUUUAUGGUAAUGUGCAUUGUGUUUUCCACCCCUCGUUGGUCCAGAAAUGGCUUUGUGAGAAAAAUUGUCUGGUGGCCUACAAGAAAUGGAAUCGAGAAAAGAAUGUUUAUGCACGGUUGUUGCUGAUCAAUCUCGAGACAUUUGUGUGGAAUGGCUACAAAGAGCACCUAGAAGAGGAGAAAGUGGUAGUGAAGUAUAAACUAAGAAAUGCAAAUCGUUUGAAGAGAGCAACUUUCUCCCCUUAACUGGGACGAGAGACUUGACAUGCUUGAGGAGUUGAAAAGUGUUGUUAGGGCUUCGAAUUCACCAUGUAAGCUUAUUUUGUCAGAAUGAAAACUUUUGAAUAUUACUAAGAGAGUCUUGGUUGUUUCCAUAAAUCACUUCUAACUAUGGAGCUUUACUCUAAUUGUUUUUUAUAUCGUUUUUUUGUGGAGGUUGAGUUCUAGUAUGGCCUUCGUUUGACCGUUUGGAGAUGCAAACGUUAGUUAAUUUACUAUGCUUUUUUAGAUCAAAUAUAUAUGUAAAUCUGUUUUGGAUAUGUUGCGUUUUGAUUGACUUUUGACAGUCUGGUAAGAAAAAGAACCUCAACUUUUAUCUGUUGUCUCGAUGAUAUCUACAAUAAUAAGGUUUGUGAUCUUAUAGGUAGCUGUUAGCUUGUUGGCAUUUGGAAAUAUGUAACAGAAUACUUAACUAAGUUCAUAAUAUGACCAGAGAUAAUAAAAAAACAGCAAUAAGCAUGAGGCGAGAGAUCGAUACCAAAGAGAACAUACACCAAAACUUUCCCACCAGUUUCUUGCUUUUCAAGAAAAGAACAUUAUGAACAUGUAUAUUCGUUACCCAGAACGUUUACCACGUCGUGAAGCUUAUAUCAAGAUAGUACAAUAUUCAACAUAUAUUUUGUGAAAUAAUCUGCGUUAUGUAGUUUUGUAUGAUUUCAAAUUGGUAAUUUUAAUAUUAUCCAGUAAUCUUUAUUUUAGUCGGAUAAUCUUCAAACCCUAUACCCAUAUGUGGGCCCAACAAAGAAAAAGGGUAGCCUAUGGAGUUGAUUAUAGUUUUCUUUAAUCAUAAGAGUUGACUAUAGUUGUUAUUACUUCUCAUGCGGCAGCAUUAGUCAAAAAGAAGAACAUAAAAAGCCCUAAACUCCGCCGUCUAAUUCUGCCACCUCGAUCUCAGCCCUGCUACCUACACGGUACAGCAAAUUAUCUAGAUUAUCACCAAAUAGUUAUCUUUAUUAAUUAACUACGAUAAUUUUGUAGUUAAUUACGGUAAUUUUGUUAUGCAAAAAAACACUACAAUAACGUUGUUACAUUUUAUGGUUUUAGUUUAGAAUAGGUUUUUAGUUUUGGAGUUUUGUCGAUCUUCAUUGUUUUCGUGUUGGUGAAGCUUUCUAUCAAUACUGCACAAAAUUCAAGCAGCUGAUUCAUCUCGCGUGUGUUUGGAGUUCGUCAGAAAAGCGUUUUAAGCAAGCUUAAUUCAUACACAACACAAAAAAUAUCUUCAAUGAAACGGCAGAGGUCAGUUUCUUUGGAUGUUUUAGAUGUUCUUAAAUUUAAUCUCCAUAACUCAAAACCAACUAGUGUUUUUUUGUUUGUUCAACUUAAUUUUUUGUCUUUUGACAGCAAAAGAGUUGCUGGGAGCAUGAGCAAUCAAGACCUUGAGAAUGCUGACAGGAUCAGCGAGUUGCCUGAGGCUUUGAUCCUGCGGAUAUUGUGUCUACUUCCUAUGAAAGUUGCCAUCGCCACAAGUCUCUUGUCUAAGCAAUGGAGAUAUCUUUGGAAGUUGAUGCCUAAACUCAAGUUUGACUAUUUGGAUCACAAAUGUCAACUCGGGACGUUUUCAAGUAAUGCUUGCCGGACUUUGCUUUCACACAUGGCUCCGGUCCUACAGAGUUUGUAUCUCAAUGUUCAUCUAGAAAGAUGUAAUGCAAAGGAUACUGGAGUCUUGCUUGGAAUUGCACUGGGUCUCCAUGUGCACGAGCUGGUUCUCGAAGUUCGAUCUAGGAAAGUGUACAAAUUUCCUAGAAGCUUGUUUGAAGUUAAUACACUAGGUACCUUGAGACUUAGGUAUAAUGUCCAUAUGGAUGUCCCUUCUUUGGUUUGUUUCAAAUCCCUUAGAAAUCUACAUCUUCACUAUGUAGACUACAUGGACAAUAAUUCAGUUACUAACCUUUUGGGUGGCUGUCCUAAUCUCAAAACCUUGACGGUGCAUAGAUAUUCAAAGAGCAGUGUAAAGACAUUCACUAUAUCAGUGCCAUCUUUAGAGAAGCUAUCAAUUUAUAAUAGCAAUGGUGGACAACUAGAUUGGGGCUAUGUGAUAAAUGCUCCUUCUUUGAAGAUCCUAAAGAUUAAAGGGAUUUGUGGUCUUGGGUUUUGUCUAAUCGAGAAUGUUAUGCAGCUGGUGGAGGCAAGUAUCAUUGAUGUCUCUAGUAUAUCCAAGGAGAACCUUCUAGGGUCUCUAACUUCAGUAAAACGUCUUUCAUUGAGAAUAUCUCCCUUGAAGGUUACGUUUCCUACCGGUAGCAUCUUCGAUCAGCUGGUGUACUUGGAGCUACAUGCAUAUAAAGAAGCAUGGUGGAAUCUACUUAUCCUUAUGCUUGAUAGGUCUCCUAAAUUGAAAACCCUCAAGUUCAUCAACAAAUGGCAUUGUGAAAAAGAUUAUGUGGAUCGUGGGGAAUGGAAACAACCAGAGAAUGUUCCUAAAUGUUUUUGGUUUCUUCUAGAGACAUUCAUAUGGAAAGGCUACAAAUGGCAACGAGAAGAUGAGAAACAAGUGGCGAAAUACGUUCUAAAGAACGCAAUUAGUUUGAAGAGAGCAUUUUUUUCCUCAAAACGUAUCAAGCUUAAAGAGAAAGUCGAGGUGGUCAAGGAUUUGAAAAGUGUGGUCAGGGCUUCAAAUUCAUGCCAGCUUAUAUUCAGAUGAAGAAUACAUAUACGGUAUUUUUGUAACUUUUACGGUACUUCCAGUUUAGCAGAUUUCUAUAGAGAUAUACUAGAUUUUUUUUAUCAGAGCUUUAGAAGCGCAUGAUUUUGUAUAUAAUAUUUUAAUUUAAUGAAACACAAAUAUUUGAUUUUAAUUUCUGUUCAUAUUUGUAGAUUGGUUUAAUUCUCUGGUAAAAAAAUAAAAUAUGUAACAAUUUUAGCAUCUAAAAUAGUAUAGUAGUAUAUAUAAUUUACUAAACUUUCAUUCCUUUUGAUUUAUUUUCUGUGUUUCCUACUUUUAUAGGGAAUUAAAAAUAUAUUUAUAAUAAUUUUAUUUUUUGGUUUAGAUGAUACUACUAUAUAAUUUUUCUUCUAGAUGAUAAUUUAUAUAUAUAAUAGUAUUUGGUUUAAAUUAUUGAAAUUUCACCUGUUUGUUAAUAGUAAAUUAUACAUAUACAUAAUAUAUAUAAUAUUAAUCUUUAUUUUUAUUUUUCAAAUUAAAAUUGGAUAUAAUUUAAAUUUAUAAAUAUAAUUUAAUGUUUUAUGAAAUUAUUUAAUUAUCUGCAAAAUAUAAACUAAAAAGAUUUUACAAGAUUUUGUACAACAAUAUAUAUAGAGCUAAACUUCAAAGAUAUGGAAAUAUAUUAUUAAUUAAUUAUUUUGAAUUAAUUAACUAAAACUGAUUUUACAAUAUUAACUUUAGUGAAUGUCUUGAAAUUUUUAAAAAAUUAAUGGCAUAAAUCGUAAAUAAUAUGGUAGACAAAGGUUAAUUUCAUACUAUAUGUUCAUGUUUUUGAUAAGACAUAUAUAUGUUGAAUGUUGAUGAGUUGUAGGCGUGUAGUAUUCGAUGAGUAAACAUGGAGAGAAAAAAAAACGGGUAUGGUCACAGUAAUGGCAGCACAAAUACAACCUUAUAGCUUGUUGGCAUUCUGAACAAAAGUCUGGGAAACAGAUUUGAUGAGUAAAGAAACU